AUGUUGGAUAAAAACAAAAUAGAUAUAAAUUCUUACAAAUAAGAAAUUUCAAAUAUAGAAGAGGCAAUAAGUAUAUUAGAUAAAGAGAUAAAAUAUGAUAAGAAUGAUGAGAUGGAAUUUAUAUCUUCAGAUAACUAGAGAGAUUAAUUGCAAAAUACAUUUAAUUAAGUUUCUGAUUUUUAAGCUUAAGGUGAACAAAGUAAAGUUCUAGCUGGCUAAUAUUCAGGGGGUCUAAUACAUCAUGUUUACAUAGUGCAAUAUUUCUAUCUAGUUCCUAAAGAUGCAAAAAACCUUUAAGAUAUGUGUUAGAAAGACUUUAUCAAUAGUGAUGGGAAAAAAUACAGAGCAACAAUAGAAGGGGAGAAGUGGUAAUUUGAUCUUGGUGUGAAGGCUUAGCCUCAUAGAAAAAAAAUGGUGUAUUCGAUUUUAACAAAUUGGAAUUCAGGAUCUACUAUUCUUUGGUUUAAAAUCUAAAUACUAUACAUUAACUGA